AAGAUGUUUGUUUCCUGUUGCAAAUCGAUCUUCAAUCAUGACCCAUUUUAAUUUUUCUCCCCUCUUACAAACAUUGAACUACAGGUAAAGCAAAGCGUUUCGACUCCAUUCUGGAGUAUCUAGAGUUUUUCUGCAUCGGCGUUGUCGAUCACUACGGCGUCGUUGAUGUCUUCAACACGUCUACUCUCUUUGAUUCGAACGUAUGAUGAUUGAAAGUGUUGACGAUUGCGAUAAUGAUAAUGUUUUUUUAUAAGUAGUACCUAAACCUAAGCCUAAGCGUUGUAAUUGUUAUUCAUUGUAAAAUCAUUCAUGAUCACGACGACAUUUUUCAUAGAUACGUGUAGGUACUUGUUAUUUUCAAAAUUCUUCAUGUUUACUGCAAUACGCAUCGAUACGAACAUAAAUGCCGAACACAGAGAUGCAUCUGUUGAAGAACAAACGCAUUAUAGCCAUGAUAGCGUGCGCCUGUAGAUGCGCCGAGGCAAACGUAGUUGUCUUCUUUCUCUGUGCCUGCUUUUUCGCACCACAGCAGGUCCUAGCCAGCGACUUGCGCCAGAACAAGCUUAAGACUUCUUUUUCUUGCAAAGUUGAUGCAAAUAUAAGUAUCUUCAGUGGUGGAAGUCACACUUCUCAGGUCUCACAUCUCUGAAGAUGUCCUCUUGCUGUUUUGUUCCUCCCCUAAAGCUCAUCUUCUGCGUAAACAACGAGGAUAGACCUCGAAUUACUGAUAGUUCUAACGAUAACAGGAGAAGAGGUUGUCCAAGAUGGAUCCGGUUACGCGACGCUGAGGAGAUCCUUUCAACCGUCACCAAGUCUAAGGCGAACUAUAGCAGACGAGAUGAUCCAUUCAGUACACAUGUGGUGCCCAGAAUUGAACAUGAAGGAGAUGCAACUCUUGACCAACAAGAAGACGAGCGCUCAGAAAUAG